GGGCACAUCCUCCUUCCUUUCCUUGUGUAGCCAGCCAGCCAGCCAGCCACGCACCCCCUCCUGCUCCUGCUCCUAGGACUAUAUAUCACUCCCAUCCUCUCCCAUUCUCGCCAUUACGGACACACCAUCUCCCUCUUUCUCUCCCGCAACCGUCCAAGACUUGCAACAGCUCGCCGCCCGCAGCAACGUGACACAGACGCCGCAUCGUGUGAGGAGAGGAGAGGAGGCAGGCGGCAUGAAGACGAGGCGUGGCGCCUGCUACUCCUGCCAUGACCCGGCGGCCGAGGCGCCGGAGAUGCACCGCCGGAAGAGGCGGAGGACGGCCAUGGAGACGGCGGGGUGCGCUGGCGCUGCCGUCGGAGACUUGUUUGAGGACCUGCCGGAUGAUCUGCUGGUGUCCAUACUUGCUGAUGUGGCCGCGUCCGCCCGCUCGCCGGCCGACCUCGCCGGCGCCAUCAUGACGUGCAAGAGAUUCAGGGAGUUGGGCCAGAACAAGGUUGUCCUUGCCAAGGUGUCGCCGCGGUGCCUCGCCGUCCGGGCCAAAAGCUGGUCCGACUCCGCCCACCGCUUCCUGCAGCGCUGCGCGGACGCCGGGAACCUCGACGCAUGCUACCUUCUUGGCAUGAUCCGGUUCUACUGCCUGGGGAGCCGGGGGUCGGGAGCGGCGCUCAUGGCGGCGGCGGCAGUCGGUGGCCACCGGGAGGCGCUCUACUCGCUGGCCGUCAUCCAGUUCAACGGCAGCGGUGGCAGCAAGGACGACCGCGACCUCCGAGCGGGCGCUGCGCUGUGCGCGCGCGCGGCGUCGCUCGGCCACGUCGACGCCCUCCGCGAGCUCGGCCACUGCCUUCAGGACGGCUACGGCGUGCGCCGCUCCUUGCUCGACGGGCGCCGCCUCCUCAUCCAGGCGAACGCGCGGGAGCUCGCCGCCGCGGUCACCACGUCGGCCUCGCUGCUCCGCGCGGCAGCCGGCAGCGGCAAGGCCUCCAGGAGACACUCGUGCCUGCUCAGCGACUUCGGGUGCCGCGCCGCGGCCGCCGCGGCCGGCGAGGCGCAUGCCGCCAACCGGUUCCUCGUCGAGUGGUUCGCGUCGCGGCCGCUGGGCGCCGAGAGCAGCCCAGCGCCGGCGGCAGCGGAGGAGGGCGGGGGGCUGCGGCUGUGCUCGCACGCGCUGUGCGGUCGGCCGGAGACGCGGCGGCACGAGUUCCGGCGGUGCUCCGUAUGCGGCGUGGUGAACUACUGCUCGCGCGCAUGCCAGGCGCUGCACUGGAAGAUGGCGCACAAGGCCGAGUGCACGCCCAUGGACCGGUGGCUCGACGGCGCCAACGCUAACCCCAACCCCAAUGCCGUCGCAGGCGCAGGCGACGCCGCCGUGGCCGCUCCGGCCCUGUAACCGUCGCCGUGUCCUAGCACCCGUUUCUUUUAUUUUUCUGGCCAGUUCUUUUUUCUUUUUUUUUCCCGCACCCUUCUCUGUACAUGGUCGCUGCGGUAAAGGUUAGCCGAGUCUGGUUACUUGCGAAUUGUUUUUAUUAUUAAGAAGAAAAACUUUUAUUAACCUGGAGUACCAGUACAAUGUUUUUUCCUAAAAAAAGAGUUUUGUCGA